UUUUAUCACAAACUUCGGCGAUUUCAAAUUCGAUGUUAUAUUUCCAUUAUUUCACAUUGAAUAAAACUAAAUUUACGUAUAGAGAAUUGCUUUGCGAUCGUGCUAUCGAGUAAAUGUUGUGGUGAAUUAAAAUAACACUUGCAAAGAACUUUAAAUUCAUUUAAUCGUGCAACUUUGUUUCAUCCUUCUAAGCUCACUAAAACACUGUAACUCGAGAGCACAGAAAUAUCAACAGCCAAUCAGAAUGCGCGACGGUAUCGCCCUCUGGGGAACGUGGAAGUCCGAAUCGGAAGGUCCAGAGUUCGAUCCCCGCUCGUAUGCCGAAUUAGGCGAGGCGAAGCCGAGCCGUUCAUAAUUUAUAUUUCACUCGAUCGACAUUACUCCCCUUGGUGAGUUCAGACGGAGGCUGGACAUUUACCGUGUAUGUAGCACUUGCGGUUGUUUAUAAAAAAAUUGUACUCACCGAGGCCGAAGGCCGAGGGAAGUUAAACGACAUAGUAUGAACGACAAAGCGACCAGCGCAACCGAGGCGAAGCCGAGGUGAGCAGACACAACGCCCCCCAACACUAAAAACAGCAAUACAUACGUGAUAAAACUGAUAAAUAUCCCUUGUUGCUGAAAUGUAUGUGGGGAAUGGUAAAAUGCUGCAAAUAGAAGCCUUCCAAUCCAAUUUCAAUUCAUCUUCAUCCAUCCAUUCCUCUCCUCAUGUGUCUCAUGUUUGACUGUCUGUCCUAUUAUAAUUAAUUGUAAUUUGAUUUCGAUUCAUACUUUUCUGUAUUCUUGUGAGUCUCAACAACUUUAUUUCGAAAUUUAGGGCGAUGCUUUCCUUGAAAUUACUCGUAUGUAUUAUUUGCAUUAAAUCUCAGUAAGCGUCCAAGUGAAACUCAUCUAAACAUGCCUGAAAACGACGUAAACCUCGGUGGCAAGUUACUUGCUAUUGAAAGUAUUUUCAAAUGGAAGCCGGUGAUAUACAAAGAAAAUAUCAAUGAAACUAUUUGCGAACGUGAACCUCAAUCUGAUAAUGAAUUCAACUUUUUCAAUUUCGUUCUUGAUUUGAUUGAGAGUUACAUGAAUUAUAAACAAGAUGAUAAAGAUUCAGCAUUCAAAACAAUCAACGAUUUGGAACAGGCUGUUGCGAAAUUUACCGAUGAUGAAGGUUUCCGAAGGAUCGAAGAUUCUUAUUAUCACAUGGUAUAUGCUAGUAAAAUCUACCUACUUAGUGAAACCUCUAAGAAGCAUGAAGAAGUAUCCGUGCUUUUAGAUAAAAUAAAAUCUAUCGAAGAUAUGAACAAUUGUAACAAAUCCUCGAUUCAUGCCAUGAAAUCAGCUGCGUUCGCUUUGUACAGCAACGAAGACACCCAAAAAGCUUCUGCCAGUAUCGAGAAAGCGUUAAAAUUGGAUCCUGACAAUGCCAGAUGGCAUUUCCUAAAAGGACUAUACAAGCGGAAGGAAAGAAGGAUCGUCAACCCUUUUCGUAUGCCAUUAAUAAUUGAAAAGGACUCAUUUGAAAAAGCCUUCGAAAAGGAUCCUAAUAAUGUGGUUUUCAAGUUGAGCGUAGCGGAUUAUUACCGCGAAAUAUCCGCUCAUGCUACGAAAAGGAAAGAAAAUUGUAGCAAUUUUCUUCCCAAGGAUGACUCUUUCAACGAGAAUCUCCGCGAAAACGUCGAUAGUAAAAUUCCUCUUGCGGCCCAGUAUUACAAAGAAGCUGCUGAAGAAUAUCCAGAUUGUCCUUAUGUGAUGUUUAGAUGCGCAGAGGGUUUAGCGAAGCUUCCGCAAACAGUAUCUGACGUAACUUUGUCAAGAAAGUUGGCCAAAGAUGGCCUUAAGAAAGAUCCGGAUAAUGUCGCUGGAAACUUUGUCAUGGCUUUUCUAUGUGAAAACAUCGAGAAAAAUAACAAGGAGGCGCAGAAACACUUGAAAAAGUGUCAAGAAAAAACAGUUUUUCAAGCUGAAAUGAAUAUGAUUCGAUUACUGCAUGCUACUAAACGCGAAAAGUUCAAUGGCUUAGAAGCUUUACAAUGUUUGCUCGAAGAUGAAAAAUACCAGGAAAAAGCUAGAGUGGCGAUUAUUUACAGUCAGAUGGUUUCAUAUCAUCUGUUAGUGGAAUAUGAUAUCGUAAAAGCAUGUGAAUGUGCGAUCAAUUGUUUCAAACUAAACUGUACGAUUUCUUGCAUGCAGGUGCACCGCAGUUGCUUUCAUUCAACAAGAGAACCAAUGCCGUUGAUUGAUGUGCUAAUAGACGAAGUAAAACUCAUCAAGAACGACCAAAAAGCUUCCGAUGAAAUCAAGCACAGCUGCGAAAAAUUCAUACAAUACAUCAACUUUCAAAACAUUCCUAUUACGAAAGGUUUUCCGCAAAAUCUUCGGCAGCAAAUCUUACAAGGGAAAACAUUGAAUCCGGACAUUAAAAUGCAAUCUCCCCGAAAACGCGGCCCACACAAUAACAAUACGAACAGACGAAACCCGAAUGCUGGGAGAGGCGAUGCUGCCAAAAAUAGAAACCCCCAAGGAAAUAAUUAUCGUCCUCAAACGUCGAAUAAAACCGAUGGCGGUCAAAACAAGUCAGUACAAAAAUCUCCGAAAAAACUCGAACGAUUACCUUCUUUGAUGGAUACGUCGAUUAUAAAUCCUGCACCUCAAAUUGAAGAAAAGGUCGAAGAAAAACGUAAACCAGAGCCUGAGAAAAAACCUACAGCUAGUGUUGAAAAACCGAACGAAGAAUCAGAAAAAAGUAAAAAUGACUCCGUUGACGACCCCGAUGACGAAGAAUUAGUUUUGAAAGUUUGUAAACUAAUCAAAGCACAGAAACAAGCUCAGCGAGACAGGAAAUCUAAAGACAAAACCAAAUCUCAUAAGUCGCAUGAUUCUGAUGAAAACGAUGACGAAUUGGUGAGAAAAAUUUUAGAACAACUGGGUGUCGGGGAUAAGAAAAGUACCCGGAAGAAGAAGAAGCACCAUUCUGAUUCCGAUGAUAGUAGUGAUUCGGAAUAUAAGAGACGUAAAGAUCGCCGAAGAGAACGCUCUCGAAGACGGUACCGAUCUGAAAGCGAUUCGGACGACUCCAGCGACCGUCAUAGACGUCGACAUCAUCAUAGGCGGCAUAGACAUCAUUCGAGUACGGAUUCGGAUUAUGCUUCCAGGUCUCAUCGUCACAAAAGUCAUAGAAAAGAUCGUUACGAGCGUGAUACUAGUCCAGGUGAUAGACGUCAUCGACGAAAUCGCUCACGUUCUUCUGAUGAAGAUAUUGGAUUGAAAGGAAAAUCCCUGCACUAUCGCGAAGGUAGCAUUUCGUCAGAGAAACGAAGACGGGAACGCGAAGACUCCGUAUCAAGUAGGAGUACCCGUAAUCGAUCUCCAUCCUACGACAAACGACGUGCGGGUGAUCGUAAAGAAAGCAAAGCGAAGUCUCAUGCCAAAUCUCAUCACCGUGACUCUUCUCGUGAUAAAUACGAAAAUCGCCGAGUAAAGAAAGAUACGAAAUCUAAGAAAGAACACGAUUCUGAAUCACUCGUCAGAAAAGAUCGUGAUAAAAAUUCUCCUCGUAAACAUUACGAUCAAUCCGAUUCGGACUGAAUUUUGUAGGCUAAAUUGAUUAUCUUAUCAUGUGUUCGUUUACUUAUUUUUUAUUUGUCGUUUUCCAAAGUAAUUAUUUUUUUAUUAUACCUACUUUUUUUUACCACGAUUGUGAUACUGUUAAAGAAUUCUUACUUUCUUACUUAUAUUAUUUCUUGAAUUCGAUACCGAUUCGAUAUUAUGUACUCGUUUCGUAAAUUUGUUUCUAAUUAUAUGCAUUAUAUCUGAUA